UUGAGACACAAACACAAUCAUAAACCAAGUCAGCCUGAGUCAUUACAUAGGAGUUAGGUAGUACAUAAUUGGACCACAGUUCAGAUAUUGCCAGACAUGCAUAAUAUUAAGUGUGAUACACAAUACAAUACGUGUUAAGUGGCCUGGUGCUUAUGGUAGAAUACAUCCCAUUACUUUAAACUAUUAUCAGAGUUUCUCAAAAUAAGAACAGACAUUCUAUAUUUCUUUUUCUAUUGCAUUUUAAAUGCAUGAUCAUUAAAAAAUCUACAAUAUUUUCACAAAUUUGUAAACCAGAUUAUAAAAUAUAAAAUAUUUCCCUUUGAUUCAAAAGCCAUACUUCAGUAAUGAUUUCACAAUUUGUCUGCCUCUAAAUAUGAUUUAAUAUCAUCUUUAUUUUAAAUAAAAAUGUCUAAUUUUGAGGAGUCCUGAAAACAAAAGACUAUACUUCAUCUAUAUAACACCUGGCUUUGUUGAAUAUCUGGAAUAUAUUUAACAGUCACAUGAAAUGGCUAACUGGCCAACUGUCUUGCAGCUCAAAUGUAGGUUAUACAAACAGCAAUGUAUCUUAGUCCCAUUACUGCUUUCUUCUUUCUGAGUUAACAGCCUGUGAUAUGCAUUAUAUUGUAUUUACAUGCAAUACUUUGACAACAAAUGAAAAUAUAUAUGUAGUAUAAAAUUAUACUACAUGUAGGAUAACAUUUAAACAUGUAAUACUACAAAAGAAACAAAUAUAAAAGUAAUUGUAAAGCUAAAAUUGUAAUGACUUAGAUAAGGCAUAUCUUUAAAAUCCAUUCUUCUCAGUGUUAGUCCCCAGGGUACAUUUUUUGUCCUUUCAUCAACUUCACAUUCAGCUUCAAAUGGGAUCCGCUCUGUAGUUUCACAGUGUCAGCAGCUGGUUGUCUAGCACUGUUUAAAUCACCCAAAAUAUCCCUGGAUACAUUUAGAUCAGUCAUCUUUCAGGGCCUGGGCAGACGUCUUUUACUGUCCCGCCACCUCCCCUUCUGCGCCACCAGAGCAGGUGUCUGUAGACUGAGUCAAAGGCUGAAGCAGUGUACUGUGCAAGCAUUGUGGUCCACUUCACCACUUCCACCAUCCAUUUCACAGAACGAGCCACAAAGGCCACAAACACUGUAGUGUAGUGUGCAAGCAGGAGGAGGUUUCGUCCCAGUUGUCUUCCAUGGUUGAUGAUCACAUUGACCCUUAGGUCAUGUCCAACCAUCCUAAUAGUCUGAAGGAAUUCUCAAUGAGAAUCAGUGACGAAAUGUAAAAUACAAAAGAUCCUUAUGUCAAAAAUUAAUUCUUAUUUUUCCUCAUUCACUCUUUCAUGAAAAUUCGUUUUUUCAAUUUACUUGCUUUUGUCAGAAAGUCUCUAGUAAAUUGUGAACAAGACGAUAUUUUGAUGACACUCCCUUUACUGAUGCGCAGAUCGUAUUGUCCAAUCACGGAAAGCCAAAUUCUGUUUCCGGCAUCUUUGGUGAUGUGGCUAUGCUCAGCAAUCCAGCCGUGGAGAUAUACCAAAUAAAAAGCAGAAACAAGUGUCUUUGAGAAGCACCCAUACAGUUUCAUCCAUAUGUUCAGUCGGCUGGCCCAGGGAGUGAGCACGGUUCUCCACGAGCUCUCUGGAGAAGAGGCCCCUGAUGGAGACCCACAGGACGGGUUGGCCUCUGAACUCCCUGAUGCUGGUGUGGCUCGACCCCCAGAGGAACCUGGGAUGUCCGAGGACACCCUGGAGAGGCUGGCACAGAUGGAACAGCUGGUGGUCAAGCUGAAGGAGCAGGUCAAAGACAAGGAUACCCAGCUGGCCAACACAGAGACUCUGCUCAAGAAUGAAAGGGACACAGCCGAAGCACGGUUCACCAAACUCAAACUGCAGGCUAAGGCCAAGAUGGCCUCCCUCAGCAAACAGAUCUCUGAGCUGAAAGGCCAGGAAGGUGCCAUGAGUCCUAACAGCUCGUUCAGUGCUGCCCCCGGGGUGGAGGAGGAGCUGCAGGAGCUGAGACGAAGGCUGGGCGAGGAGGAGGCUUCCUCUAGGACCCUGCAGGAGCGCCUCCAGACCUCCGAGCAGCUUCUCAGGGAGAAGGACCAAGCACACGCUGAACAGCUCCGAGUGAUGCAGAUGGUGGUGAGCGAGAAGGACGUGCGCUUUCAGGACCAGGUCCAGAAACAUGAGGAGGAGCUGCUGAUGGUCACAGCUCAAACUCUGAACGACCCGGAGCUGCAACAGACCCUACGUGCUGCCCAGAGGCGGUGUGAGGAGCUGGAGGAGGCAAUGCGUUCACGCUCCCAAGUCCUCGACAUGCUGCAGCAAGAACUCAACAGUGCUGACCAGCAAAAGCAGAUCCUUACUUCUCAGUUCCGCCAGAUGGAGCAGGAGCUGGCAGAGGCCACCAGGCUGAGAGAGGAGGAGCAGCUGAAGUGGGCCCAGCAGACGAGCAAGACCGACGCAGAUCUAGUGGCUCUCCGAGCCGUUCAAGAAGCCGCUCAGCGAGAGGAACAGGAAGUGAUCCGGUUGAAGAAACUAGCAAGUCUAAGAGAGUCUGAGUUUGAGGCCCUGCAAGCCAACCUAGAAGCCUCUCAGCAAGAUAGAGAGGAACUGGCCAGGUUGAAAGAAAUGGCUUCUCUUAGAGAGAUUGAGUUAGAAGCCCUACGAGCCAGCCAAGAGAGCUCGGAGAGCGAGAGAGAAGAACUGGCCAGGAUGAAGAAGCAGAUUUCAUUAAGAGCAGUUGAGCUAGAAGCCCUGCAAGCUAAUCAAGAGGUCUUGGAGAGAGAGAGAGAAGAACUGAAGGAGCUGAUUUCCCAGAGAGAUGCUGAGCUGGAAGCCAUGCAAGCUGGUCAAGAGGUCUCAGAGAGAGAGAGAGAAGAACUGGCCAGGCUGAAGGAGCUGGUUUCUCUAAGAGAGGCUGCCCUGGAGGAUCUACAAGCCAACCAGGAGGCCUUAGAGAGAGACAGAGAACAAGUAGCCUGGUUGGAGGGGGAGCUGGCUGCCCUUAGGGAAGAGCAGGGAGACGGCCAGAGGGCUGAAGAGGCCUUGGCUCAGCUGUGGAAAGGUGUCCGCUCUUUGGCUGGAGGGAAUGUGGAAGGACCAGGGGAAGAGAGUCAUGUCCCCACCAACCCUGCCCAGUUCCUGGGCACGCUUCAGUCCCUGGAUGCCCAACUAAACAGACUGAAGGAAGAGCUGAGGGAAAGUGAGGCGCGUUGUAGCCAUGUCACCAACACCAUGGAAACCCUUCAUGAACAACUUGAUAGGAGCACUGCAGAAGGGGUGGAUGCUGUUGCCAGGAUACAGCAGCUGGAGCUGCAAAUUGGAUUGAUGCCUGGUGAAACAUCAGCUCAGCAUGUGAUUGACCCGUCUGUGCUGGAAUCAUCUGACGAUGCUAAAGCUCAAAUAUCCGCUUUGGAGCAGCAGUUGCUGGAGAGAGAGGAGGAGUUGACGACCCUGCGAGACCGCCUUGCUGUCGCUGAAGAGCAGCACUCUAGGGAUGGACCGGAGACAGAAGGUGAACCGAUUCCAGACCCGAGCCCUAGUCACCUCAAGGCCACCAGUGACAGCCCCACAAACCUGGCAGAGCAGCUGGAGGACUCUACUGAGGAGGAGACCACACUGGUAGCUGAGGAUUCUUCCAUCUUAUCCAUCGCGGCUGAUAAUGAAAGCAGCCCAGAGCUCAUUGGGCCACAGUCCGAUUCCAAUGGAGAAUCUAAGGGGGCUUCCUCAGACGAGAUGGUGACUAGUAGCGACUCUGAGGUGGCCCACAGCAGCUGGACCCUCCUGGAAGCCGUCAAUCAAGAUGGAGGCCAGGAGUGGCCCUCAUUGCUGCAGGACUUUGGGCAGGUGCAGCUGCAGUCCUGGGAGCAGACCAGCUCCGAGCAGGAAACCUCCACAGUCCAGGUGGAGUCCUCGUCUGUGGUCAUCCGUGAGACUGUGCAGGUGCACCUCAACCAACAGGGGGCAGCAUCCAUCUCUGGUGCCGACUCAACCUCUGGCCAGAUGUUUGCCCAGGCUCUAGCAGAUGAGCUCCAGAAACGGUAUAGCGAGCUGCUGACUGAGAUCACCAGGCUGAGAGAGGCAACAACAGAGUCUCAGGAGAAAAUCCAAGGCCUGAAUGAAGAGAUCAGGUUAUUGGCAGCUGCCAAGGAAGAAGCUGAGUACCGGGCCCAAAACUACGAGGAAAAGCUCGAUAUGGCCAAGUCAGAGAUGAAUCUGAUGGCCCAGCACAGUGACUCUGAGGUGGAAAAGCAGAGAUUUGACAUACGCCUCCUGCAGGAGCAGCUAGCUGCCCUGGAGGCAGACGCUCAUUCCAAGGAGCAGAGGAUCCAAGUCCUUCAGGUAGAUGUGGACGAGGCCCAGCGUGCUCUGUCCGAGCAGGAAGGACAGGCCAGGAUGCUGGGUGCCCAGCUGGAGGACAAGGAACUUGCUGCCUCAGAACUGGACCGGACGCUACGGGAACAGGAAGCAAACCUGCUGGAAUUCACUCAGGCAAAGGACAUGGCCAUGGCUGCCUUAUCAGAGAAGGAAGCAGAGAUCAGGGAGCUGCAGGGACUUCUUACCCAGAAGGACCAGGAGAUGAUGGAGCUGAGCGACGGGAUGUCGACCAAACUAUUACAGGCAGGGGAGGAGAAGUACCAGAUGAACGGUGAAAUGAAAAAGCUCAGGGAUCAGAUUCUCGAGUUGGAGAAUGCAAGAGAGCAUCCAAGGACAGUUAUGGGAGAGCACGACACAGAGGAAUCUAGCGAGCUCGCUGGUUUACAAAAGGACAAGGAAGAGCUGACCACCCAGCUAUCCACUCUAAAGAAAAAGUUCCAGGUCGCGAUGAUACAACGCAAAGAGUUGAUGAAAAAGGUAGAAGGUUUGGAGAAGAAUGCAGACAAAAAAGUUGAGCAGGAGGGGACACCAACGGAGGAGACUCCUGCCAAUAUAUCAUAUUCUGAAAAAGACAUUGAACAGGAAAUUCUAAAAAUGGAGGCAAUGCUAGAGGAGACCAGACAGGCCUUGAAAACCAAAGAAACGGUCGUUGAGACUCUGGAACAAAGAAAUAGUGAGAAGGAUCAAGCGUUGGCCGUGGCACUCGCUCUCAAUCUAAAACUGAGUGAGGAAAUGGAGCAAAAUCAGCUGGCCAACACAGCAGCUACAAUCCUGGAGCUGCAAUCCCACGUGUCCUCUCUGGAGGCGGAGUCUGAAUCACUCCAGAAGAAACUCCUGGAUGCCCAGGAGGCUCGAAAGGACACCAUUCGCAAGGCCAAAGAGAAGGACAGGCACCACCGCGAACAGCUGAAGCAGCAGAAGGAUGACUGCAACAAGUUAUUGGAGCGAUUCGAGCAGCAGCAGGUCGAGCGAGAGAGCCUGCUGCUCAGACUGAAAGAGCUGGAGGAGCUGUCUGAACAGAAGGAGAGGAGCGCCAUGAAGGAAGCGCAGCCAGAUCAAGAAACAAAGGCUGAGAAGAUAGAAAAACCAUCUUCGGGUGACUGGGUCCAGCAAGACUGGGUGGACUUUGCUGCGCCCGAGAAUGAAGCACAACAGCAGGAAUCUGGUCAAGCCAUCCCCGAUACUGAGAAAGACACCCAGCUACUGUCGGCAGAGAUGGAAGCCCUGAAAAAGCAGGUACAGGCUACAGAGAUGGCUUGCUCAGAGUUCGAGGAGCAGCUGCAGGAAAGCCAGGCCGGCCUGGCACUGAAGGAGAGCGAGCUCCUGAAGCUGGGAGAAGAGCUGGAAGCACUGAGACAGAACGAGAAACAGAUCGACUCCCUCACCGAGGAGAUUGAGGCUCUGAGAGACCGGUGCAUCCAAGCUGAGACUCAUGUGGCGACUCUUAAGGCAGAGUUGGAGGCUGCGGCCGAGGAAGCCGCCUCGUACUCGGGGUCCUCCAUGAACAAGCUUCAGGCAGAGGUGGAGGAGUUCAAACACUUCCUGGACAAAAAGAACACUGAGAUCAUGGAGCUCAGCCAGCAGCUAGGUGAGCAGAGCUCCCUUCUACACUCCAUGCAGGACACGGUGUCUGAGAAGGACCAGCUGAUCGUCUCCUUGAAGGAGGGCCUGAGGGCGGAGCAGGAGAAAACCCAGAAACUGGAAGCUGAGUUGCCUCAAAGGCAGGAGGAGGGGCAAGGGAGUGAGGCCAAGAUCCAGCAGCUACAGAGGAAGCUUCAGGCCGCCCUCAUCUCCCGCAAAGAGGCCCUCAAGGAAAACAAGAGUAAGAAAGAGGAGCUGGCGUCCUCUGAGAGCCUCAUAGCUGAGCUUCAGCAGAAGAUGGAGGCCAGGGAGGCAGAGCUGGGGAAGCUUCGAACUGAGCGAGAGAAACUGAUAGAGGAGGUUGAUCGCACCCUAGUAGAGAACCAGAGUCUUGGGGCCUCCUGUGAGAGUCUCAAGCUGGCGAUGGAAGGUAUGAUCACAGAGAAAGAUACCUGUAAAAGAGAGGCCGACCUUGCCAAGGAGGAGGCUUCCAACGUUCGCCGGGAGUGGGAAGAGAAAGUUCAGGGAAUGAAAGAUGAGUACGAGACUCUGCUGAAGUCCUAUGAGAAUGUCAGCGACGAGGCAGAACGUGUGAGACGAGUGCUCGAGGCCGCCAGGCAGGAGAGGCAGGAGCUAGCAGCCAGGAUCAGGACCCAUGAGGCGGCGAGGCAGGAGGCUGAACGGCAGGCCGAGACAGCCCAGAAAGAGGUGGACUCGGUCAAAGACAAGAUGAGAAAGUUUGCAAAGACCAAGCAGCAGAAGAUCAUGGAUUUGGAAGAGGAGAAUGAGAGGCUCAGAGAGUUGGACGAAAGAAAGGGAAUAAGGAGGGAGGACAGGGGUCUCAGUGUGGAGCUUGCAAAUCUAAAAGGUCAGGUAGAGAGUCUGAACGCAGACCUGGAAGCCACCAAGGCGGAGAGAGACUCAUUAGUACAGCAGGCAACUGAGUUGAGGGAGCAGCUAGCUCAAGAGUUAGAGAAAGUGAACAGUCUAACUUUAGAUAUGACCCCCGGUCCUGAUGCUGUCGUGGAGGAGGCUAUUGUUGCCCAGCAGCAUAGUGGCGUCAUGGCUGAAGAUACCCAGGAGCCUGUAGUUGAGAGUCAGGAACCUGAGGAAGUAGAACAACAGACUGAAGAUACAGAGACUGACCUUGUAGCAGCCGAGACACAUGUCGAUGACGAGAAGGUAAAGAUGGAAGCAUACGAAAGUGCACAGGCUCUAUUUGAAGAUAAAACGAGGGAGAUGGAAGCAGCUCUACAGGCAGAAAAAGAACAGAGACAAGAUUGUGAGGCAGAACUUGUGGCUAAACUGGCCACUCUGGAGCAACACCUUCAGCAGAGCAAAGAGCAGGAGCAGAGCCUAAGGGAGGAGAGCUCCAGAACGGAAGCCCGGCUCAAAGAGCUGCACAGGAACCUGGAGGCCGAGAAGGAUGACCUGGAGGAGCGUCUGAUGAACCAACUGGCCCAGCUCAACGGCAGUAUCGCUGGCUACCAGCAGGAGGCAGGAGACAGCAGGGAGCGCCUGGCCGAGCUGCAGCGGGAGGUGGAGCGGCUGGAGAGGGAGCGGGCCGAGCUGGAGGCCCUGGCCGAGAACGAGAGGGACCGGGCAGCCAGACUGGAGGAGGACAAGCGGCAGGCUCAGAGAGAGAGGGCGGAGGCGGAGGCGGGAGCGGGGAAGCAGAGGGAGCUGGAGCAGAGGCUGAAAUCUGCCCAGAGGGUGAAGGAGGGCAGCCAGAGCCGGGCACGACAGCUUGAGGAACUGCUGAGGGAGAAGCAGCUCGAAGUGCGUCAGAUGCAGAAGGACUGCAUCCAGUACCAGGAGAGAAUCAGCGAGAUCGGCAAGGACGCCAAGGCUCUGCAGCACGGCCGAGACGAGCUGAGUGGCGAGCUGGAACGAGCCCGUCUGGAGACCUCCAAGACCCUGGAAGAGCUGAACAAGACCGAGGGUGAACUGUUGAGUUGCAGAGCCCAGCUUGUCGAGACCCAAAGACAAGCCAGUCAAGCCGUGGCUGAGAAGGCGGCGUGCGAGCAGACUGCUCUCCAGAGAGAAGCGGACAUGAAGGCCGAGGCAGAGCAGACGCUCGACUCGGUGAGGUUCCGGCUGGGGGCGGAGCUAAAGCAGGUGGAGCUGAGGCUGGAGGACUCCUACAGGGAGAGGGAGAGGGAGGAGGAGGCCACUCAUGAAGCCAGGGAUGUAGCCGAGGGCGCCGAGAGACAGGCCCACAAGAUGCAGGCCCGCCUCGACGAGUCUCUGGCCCGGCUGGCGGCCUUCUCGCGGUGCAUGUCCUCCCUGCAGGAUGACAGAGACCGUGUGCUUGAUGAGGCCAAACAAUGGGAGAGUCGUUUUAAUAGCACCCUCCAGGGGAAGGAGGCUGAAGUACGUGAGGCAGAGACACGGGCCAAGGAUCUGGCCGAACAGCUGCAGAAAGAAACUGCCCAGAAAGAAGAGCUGCAGCUUGCAGUGGACAGACUGCAUAAAGCAGACGAGCAAUGGCAACUUAAGUGGGAAGAAGAAGAAAAGAGGUUCCGGCAGAAUCAAGCAGCACUGGAGAGGGAGAGAGGGGAGCUGCAGCAGGCUCUUACCCAGACGGAGAGCUCUCUGGCGGAGGCACGUGCCCAGCUAGAUUCGCUUGAGAGUGAGGCUGAGGGGCUGCGGCGCAGGGCCCAAGCACUGGAGGAGGCCGUGGGGAGGCUGCAGAAAGAGGCCAACCAGGCCAGGGCGGAGCUGAGGGAGAAGGAGGCUGAGGAGAGGAGGCUGGGGCUGAGUGUGGAGCAGCUGGAAACUGACCUGCGCUCCUCCAAGGUCCUCACAGAGACCCUGCAGACUGAUCUGAGCGGGAAGGAGAGGAGAGAAGUGGAGCUGCUAGGGGAGAAGGAACAGGCUGUGGCACAGGCUGCCGAGGAGGCUAGGAAGGAGUCUGACGGGAGAGCGAAAGAGGCCGAGAAGGAGCUGGAGGAGAGGAGAGAGGAGGUGCGUGUUCUGGAGGACAGACUGAGGAAGGCCGAGGAGGAGAGCAGCCACAGCAAAACCAGACUGGACUCCUUCACUAAAGCGAUGGGCUCUCUGCAGGAUGACAGGGACCGUGUCCUCAGCAUGUACAAGCAACUGGAGGAGAAGCACCUGCAGGUCAUGAUGGAGAAGGAUGGGUUGAUACAGGAGGCAGCAGGGGAGAACAACAGUCUGAAGGAGGAGCUACGAGCCCUGCUAGUCCAGAGAGACGACCUCUAUGCUGAGAAGGCCAAGCUGUCGGCCCAGCUCCACGGCUAUAGGGAUGACCUCAACCAGGUGCUCAGCAUGAAGGAUUCCCAACACAAGCAGCUCCUGGCUGGCCAGCUAGAGCGCAUCGCUGCCCUGGAGAGGGACCGCGAAGAGCUGGAAGCCAAGCUGACGACCCUGGACAGAGGGGUGCAGUUGGAGGGGGAAGCCCCAGCAAGCAGACUGGAGGUGGAGACCCUCAGCAAGGGCGGUGACGGCGGGGGUCAGAUGAGAGACGCCCCUGGUGCAGAGGUGGAGAAGCUGAGAGAGCAGCUGCAAGCAGCCAGGGCCCAGGUGGAGACCCUGGAGGACAGCCUGCAGCAGGAGAGAGAUACCCAGGCCACCGAUACCAAGGAGCUGAAUGAGCUGCGCUGGGAGGGAGGAGUGAUGCGCACAGAGUCGGAGACGGCCCAGGAGAGGGUCGCGGAGCUGGCCAGAGAUAUGUUGAUGCUGGAACAGAUGCUAUUAGGUGAGAGGGAACUGUCAUCCCAACUCAAGGCCCAGAACCAGUCCUUCGGGCAGGCCAUGGCGUCCUUGCAGGACAGCAGAGAUCAGGCGGUCAACCAGGCACAGGAGCUGGCUUCUAGACUGGAGGAGAUGAGCAAGGCAGCGGGCCAACAAUCCCCCACCAGCCCAGGAGGUUCUACUGGGGAGGUUUGGGGACUGAAGAAUGCACUGUCAGCUCUGCAGAAUGACAGGGAGAGACUGUUGGAACAGUUGCAAAAACAGCAUUCGGAGCUCGCCAGACUCGGAGGGGGAGAUCUGGCUAAACUGGCCGAUGAUCUUGAUGAGGAGAGGUGGAGGGCUAGGGAGAUGAUGGCCCGGAUUCAGCAACAAGAUGAUCUGCUGGAGAGAGAGAAGCAAGAACUUGAAAUUCUCCAACUGGAGCGUAUCGACUGGCAGGCCCAGGGAGAGCUGUUGAAGCAGCAGACCCUUGCCACCCUGUCCGAGCGAGACAAGCAAGUCCGCCAGCUCACUGCCAUGCUGGAGGAGGCUCGCACGCCCAGGCCCAACCUGACGGAGGAACACUACCAGAGGCAGGGAACAGGAGAAGUGGACAGUGCUCCAGGGGCUCCCCAGGAACGUGGAGGCUCCACUGAGAACCAGGACCUGAAGACCGAGUUCAAGGAGCUACAGCGCAGACUUGAUGAGGAGCAGGAGCAGAGGCUGGUGGUGGAGGAGCAGUUGAUGGCUGCUCAGGAACGUGUCCAACGGUACACGCAGGGUGAAUGGCAAUCGGGACAUGAAGGACAGUUCUCUGAGACCGCCGUACUCAUAGAGCCUCAAGGGGGCUCCGUCUCUCGCUCACGGAGCGGUGGCCCGGGCUGGAUGCGGAUGGUGCGCGGGUUUCUCUGCUCCCGCCAGCGCACCCCCCUCCUGGUGUCCUUCUACCUGCUCACUGUGCACGCCCUGCUGCUGCUGUGCCUGGGGGGUUACCUCUGAGAGACUGGCCCCAGACCAGGAGAGAGGAGAGAAGGAGACCAAGCAUACUUAUGACGCGCACCAUAAGACUGACUGACCCUUAUGUAGUGUUUCAUUGAAUACCUUAACAUACUUGCAAUCCCGACUCUGCCCAUGCACUUUUUUAUACAGGGCACUAAACAGAAAUCAGCCUUUUUAGCCAAAGUCAAUUGUUUUAUGUGGACUGAUUUGUAUUUAAGUUUCUGUAGUUUUAUGUUCCACUUUAAUAUUCAAUGUUGUUCCAAAGCAGAAGUUGGUCACAUUUAUGUCAAAUAAAAAGCAGUAGAGGCCUACCUCUUAGGCCUAGUUAGUUUGGACUCUAUAAUGGUGAAUGGCUAUGUGGCUUUAAUAUACAUUACCUGUAGGAACUGAUUAGGCAACAUGUAGAUCCAAUAGAUUUUAUCAGCAAGAUUUGAGACGUGAGGGUUUGUUUGUCUCCGGGGGGCGUGGUGAUCUGCGUCUGUGGGUACCGUAUGCCAAUAGAAUCUCCUUCUCUCACUCUCCCACCUGUCCGCAUGCAGAACUGACACAAAUGGAAACGUGUGCAAUGUGUUAUGACCGUUACAUUCCGACCGACCAUGGGGUUUGUCUUUUUGUUUUCCACUUUAUACCUUCAUUUAACAAAGGAACAGUGGUGGCCGAUUUGGUUCAAGGUUAUGUUGUGGAUGUGUGCUGGACGUGGGUGUUCCUUGUGGGUACAAUCCGGGUCUCUGUCAUUCCCAUAUGGUUGUUCCUUGUUGUUUUAUGGAUAAUCUACCACAAGGUUCUUUGCCAUAGAAGGUGCAAUGAUGUUACAGUUAAGCACAAUUUAGUGAUUAUCUUUGGUUAAUAUAUUAUGUCCCACCCUAUAUUUCUCUGCUGUAUCACUUAUUUAUUGCUCACAGUCACUACAGUACAUGCAUAGAUGUACGAGCUCCUUCUCAUAAUUGAACUUCUGGUAAACUGAUGACUACUGUUAUUGUCCUGUCACGCUUCACAUUACUGCUAUUCCCAUGUAAUAACCUACUGUAAAUUAAUUACCCCUAUUAAGGGCUGUAUAGAAUGAAUUGAUGAAGAUGCUUAUGGUGGUUAGGAAUUUUUCAUUACAGCCCUUGGAAGACCAGGAGCAGAUUGAUUAUGUGUUUGCACCUAACCACUUUAGAAUAUAAUGGUAUGUGUGUGAAUUGAAUUAAGUGGAAACAUAGAAGUUUAUAAAGGGAAAAUUACUUGAAUGUUUUGGAUGCUUAUGAGGGAAAACGCCCAAGUGCAAACACCUAGUAAAUCUGCCCCCAAGUGUUGAAUCUAUGUAUAAUCAUCAAUGUUAACACCUGGAGUUUGUUCUCUUGGGCUAAUUUUGAAAUAAAGUUUCUCUGUUGGGAAUCACAACUGACAACUGUUUUAGUCUACCUGACUCGUCUGAUCAAUUUAUAAACAUUAAGUUUAGCAAUCAGUUUUAGGACAAUUGACUCGGAUGUGAGCUGGCAGACUGCUACUGUAUUUCCUAAAUCGCUAUAGGGCAUGCGUGUUUACUCAGCGUCUCCUCAUCUUCGGUCAGCCGAAAAACUAAUUGAAAGGAUUAACGUGAACUUUGACAAAAUACGAGGAAUAUAUUGAACGAUGUGGAAAUCGGUGGUGGGACACAAUGUUAAUGUAAAGGUGGCUGCAGAAGGGGAUGACUGGGAGACCGACCCUGAUUUUGAGAAUGACGUGUCAGAGCAAGAACAGAGAUGGGGAUCCAAGACUGUGGAGGGGUCUGGCCAUAAAGAGCACAUCAGUGUGGCAGAGCUGAGGCAGAAGGUGUCUCAGGAGUACGAGCAUGUGAAGAAGAAAGAGCAGGCGCUGGCACCCCAGGCCUCCUACGGCUACGGAGGCACAUUUGGAGUGGAGAAGGACCGUAUGGACAAGGGGGCUGUGGGGCAUAGCUAUGUGGCUCAGGUUGAGCAGCACUCAUCACAAACAGAUGCUGCGAGGGGCUUCGGGGGGAAGUUUGGAGUUCAGAAAGACCGUGUGGACAAGUCUGCCAUGGGCUUUGAGUACAAGGGAGAGGUGGAUCAACAUACUUCUCA